AUGGAUGUAGAACACAAAUUGCAUGAGCAAUAGAUACUACAAGUAUAGGAGAUCAAGGGUCUUCAAUAAAUAUGCGAUGAAUAGAGUGAUUAAAACAAUAAACAUCUAAUAACCAUAGAGAAACUGAAUAAGUAAAUUAGGGAAUCCAAUCUCACAAAUUAACAAUUAAAUUUAGAACUGCAACAACUCAAGGACAAUCAAUAAUCUAUUGAUCUUUAAUCGAGGUAUUUUUCCCAGGAAGGAUAAGAAUAUAAGUAAAAGGUAGAAUAAAUGUAAUCAGCCUAUUCCGGCCUGGAUUAAUAGUUCAAGACUUUAAAAUUAGAAUCUGACAAGCAGUUGAAGGAUUAUUAAAGAAAAUUGUAAUCAAUAACAGAUUCACAUAUCCUAUAAGAGAGUGAACUUUCCAAUUUGAAAUUAGAAAAUGAAUAGCUAAAAAUUAAAAAGUAAUAGGAAGCAUAAAAGUAGAAAGAGGCUUUGGAGCAAUUAAAGGAAAAAAGCUAAGCCAAGAUAAAAGAAUAUAAAUAGAAAUUGAAAGAUCUGCAGAAUAAGGAUUCUUAUAUAGUUGAACUUUAGGAGCAAAUCAAAGAACUUGAGCAAUAAAUUGAAUUCUAAUCUACUCAACACAAAUAAGCAGUCAAAAUGUUGGAAUAGCAAUAUAAGAAAUAAUAUACUAGAUUGGAAGAAAGUUUAGAACAAGAAAAGUCAGAAUUGUAGUAAUAAUUGCAUUAGAGUUUGAAAUCAAGUGUUUCUGAAAAAGAUAGAGAAAUUGCAGGGUUGAAUUAGGACAUAAAACAAUUAAAAAUGUAAUUUUAAAAUGAUUAAGAACUGAAAUAAAAAAACAAUUCGAAAUUUGAAGAACUCAUUCAAACAUUCAAAAAAUAACUAGAAGAAUCAUAAUAAUAAAAUACUGAGUUGAUUUAAAAGAAUAAAACGUUGGAAUAAGAAAUAAGUAAGAAAGAUUAAAAUCUUAAAUUGUUAUUAUCUGAUGUUGAUGAUUUGAAGUAGUUCUCAGAGUAAACUUUGACUACUUUGAAAGAGAAUUAAGAUUAUAUGAAUGAAAUUGAGAGAGAAAAAUAGUAGCAGUAAGAAAUCAUUCUAUCUAUUCAACACUAAUUAGAAAUAGAGAUUUAAGGAUCAUUCUCAUAUUAAAGAUUAGGACAAGAAUUAGAAUAAAGAUGUAAAUUGUAUAAAGAAGAACAUUGUCAAAUAUUAGAUGAAUAAUUGAAAAAGGAAGCAUAGUACUAAUAGGAAAUACAAUAGUUAGAUUCCAGGUUCAAACAAGAAAUAGACAAUCUAAAUAAAGAGCAUUAAAUAAUAGUGGAAAAUUUUGAAAGCUAGAUGAAGAAAGUCAAAUUGGAAAAUAAACUACAAAUUGAAGAGUAAAUCAGAGCUUACAAUUAAAUACAAAAGGAAUUAUACUAAAAAAGCUAAUAGUAUGAGAAUCUGGAAAAAUAGAAUAUCAAUUUGGUUAACGAACUAGAGCAAUAUAUAUCCCAAUACACUUAUAAUUUGUAAUAAUUGGAAGAUUAAAAAGUGAAGGAGAAGAAUUUAGUAGAAUCUUCAAAUAAAAACCUAAAUUCUUGGAAUACAGAAAAACAUUAGUUAGUUAUGUAAAUUGAUGAGUUGAAAUUUAAAUACAGAUCUAUGAAAUAGAAGAUUGUCAGAUUAUUCAUUAGGUAGAAAGAGUAAUUAAAUUUAUAACUACUUGAGAUGAAAUCUAUAAUUAUGAAUAAAUUAAAGAAUUAUGACUCUGAAAAUAGACAACUAAUAUAGAAUUCAGUUAAAAAAUUCAAUCAUUUAAUUGAUUAAAGUGUCUCAUAGGAAAAGAGGGAGAAUGAAUUUCUAGUAAUUGAAUUAUAAAAGGAAAUGGAUAAGAAGGUUGAAUAAUUAAAACGACAAUUUAAAUAAAAUGAAUAAUUAAUACAAGAAGAGGCUCAAAUUAAAUUUAAAUAAAAAUUAUAAUAGAUCUAAUAACACGAUUAUUCUAUCGAUGACCUCAAGAACUAGUUGAAUUACUAUAUUUAAGAGAAUGACCAUUUAUCACAGAAACUUUAAGUGUAAGAUUAACUUAACAGAGAAUAAUAGAAAAAAGCUGAAUAUGAAUCAAGAUAACUCACUCAGACAAUUAAAGAAUUAGAAAACGAAUUAAGUUCAAUUCAAUAAUCAGCUGAUUACACUUUGAAAGAGAGACAAUUCCUUGAAUUAAGGUACAAUGAACUUAAAGAUAAAUCCGAAAAGAAAAUGGAUCAAAUCUAAAGAGAUUAUCAAUAGUAAAUAUAACAACUUGAAACGAUAAUCCAACCAGUUUAACAACGAGCUCUGUCUCCUCCUUUACAUUAACAUACUUAAUCAUCAAGUUCAGGUUUCCAUCGCUCUCCUGCUGUAUAACCAAACCUAUCAUCUGCUAAACAUCCAUAUUCAAAGCCACCAUAAUACAGCAGCCCAUCUAUAAGAACACCACAUAAGUCUCCCUCAAAUGAUAGAACUGAUAAAACCAUUGAAGAAUUGAGAGCUGAGAUUUAAUAACAAAAAGAGAAGCUUUCAAGAAUGAAACUCAAUUUUACAGAAUCUCAAAAAAAAUCUAAAACAUUAUCAAAGUUUUGA